AUGACCAGAGUUGAUAUUGCCUUUGUAAUACAAGUGCUUAGUCAGUUUAUGCAUAAGCCCAAGCAGUCAAACAUGGAAGCUGCUCAAAGAGUAGUAAGAUACAUUAAAGUUGCACCUGGACUUGGCCUGCUAAUGCCAGCUCAAGGAUCAGACAAACUACAAGCUUUCUUAUCCUGGAAAUCUAAGAAGCAAGACACUGUUGCUAGAAGCUCGGCUAAAGCAGAGUUUAGAAGCAUGGCUUCAACUGUUACAGAACUAACUUGGCAGGGUUGUACAAGGAGCUAG